UUUCUUUUCUUUCUUAAAUCGUAUUCGGGAUUGUCACGUCAAUUUCAGUCCGGUCAUUAAGAAAAUAUUAAUUUUCUUUGGAAAUUGUGGAAAUUUUAACAAAAAACAAGUGAAAAUUAUUGCAAACUAUUAAGCAAUGACUGAACCAUUAAAUGCAGGAGCGACGACGGUGCACUUCGAGAAGCCUUUAGUGCAAUUCAAUGAAAAUGGAUGGGGACCAUGCGAGUUGCCCGAUACAUUUAAAGAUGUGCCAUAUCAGCCAUUCAGUAAAAGCGAUCGUCUAGGAAAGAUUUGUGAUUGGACUCAAUCCAAUAAUGAUAAGAAAUAUCAAAACAAGUAUGCCUCUGCUUUUGGUACCGGCAACCAAUAUGCCUAUUAUCAUGAAGAAGAUGAAACUACCUUCCAUUUGGUUGACACCGCACGCAUUCAGAAACCACCUCAUCAACGUGGACGUUUCCGUAACAAUUUGCGUGGUUCUAGAAAUGCCCGUGGUCGCAGCAACCGUGGUGGUCUUACCAAUACUAUGACCACUUUGGGUGGCAAAAACAAUAAAACUCGUGAUGCUCGUCGUGGUGUCAACAAGAAGUUUGGCUCUCGUAAUGCUCCACCCAAGAUGCGUGAAUCAUCAGUAGCUGUACGUGCCGACUGGACCUCUAUUGAGGAAAUGGACUUCCCACGUUUGAUGAAAUUAUCUUUGCCCAACAUUAAGGAGGGUGAGGAUAUUGUUACUUGUGGUACAUUGGAAUAUUAUGACAAGACUUACGAUCGUAUCAAUGUAAAGAAUGAAAAGCCUUUGCAAAAAAUUGAUCGUAUUGUUCAUACUGUAACAACCAUCGAUGAUCCCGUUAUUCGUCGUUUGUCCAAGACUGUGGGUAAUGUUUUCGCUACUGAUGCAAUUUUGGCCACCAUUAUGUGUUCGACUCGUUCAAAUUACUCUUGGGAUAUUGUUAUUGAGAAGUUUGGCGAUAAAAUCUUCAUGGAUAAACGUGACAAUACUGAAUUCGAUUUAUUGACUGUCAAUGAGACCUCAGUCGAACCCCCAACCGAUGACGAUAGCUCCCCCAACUCUCCCCGUAAUCUGGCCAUUGAAGCUACUUUCAUUAAUCACAAUUUCAGCCAACAGGUGUUGAAGACAGGACCCAAUGAAUCGAAAUACAAAUUUGAAGAAGCCAAUCCCUUCAUUACUGAAGAUGAAGACAUUGAAGUGGCUAGUGUUGGUUAUCGUUACAAGAAAUGGAAUUUGGGUAGUGAUAUUGUUUUGGUCGCACGUUGCGAACACGAUGGUGUUCUACAAACACCCAACAAUGAACCUCAAUUCUUAUCGAUUAAGGCUUUGAAUGAAUGGGAUUCAAAAUUGGCAAAUGGUGUUGAAUGGCGUCAAAAGUUGGAUACACAACGUGGUGCUGUUUUGGCUAACGAAUUACGUAAUAAUGCCUGCAAAUUGGCCAAAUGGACUGUGCAAGCUGUGCUCGCCGGUUCCGACCAACUUAAGUUAGGUUAUGUCUCACGUAUCAAUCCCCGCGAUCCCUCACGUCAUGUCAUCUUGGGCACCCAACAAUUCAAGCCUCAUGAAUUUGCAACACAAAUCAAUUUGAGCAUGGACAAUGCUUGGGGUAUUCUACGUUGCAUCAUCGAUAUUGUUAUGAAACAAAAGGAUGGUAAAUACUUGAUCAUGAAAGAUCCCAACAAGCCCAUGAUCCGUUUGUAUGAUAUUCCCGACAACACCUUCGACAGUGAUGAUUCCGAUGAUGGUGAGGGUGAUGAUGGUGAAGGCUUCCAACCUGUUUACGCUUAUGGCGGUGGUAAUAAAUAAGUUAAUUAAGCAUAAUUUACUACAUACAAUUACUGUGAGAGUGUGAACGUCGUGUGUGAGCAAACACAAGAACAACAUAAGUAAAUAAACAAACAAACAAAACCUAUUAAACUGAGGAAAAAAGUCGUCAAUAAUUAAGAUUUAUAAGCAUUUUUUUAUAAAUUGUAAUUUUUCUUUUAGUUAUAUUUUAUAAAUUAUUUGUUUAAAUCAAUCACUACUUUUUGUAAUCAGUUAUUUUGUAAUACCUACAUACAUAUAUAAAUUAAUAAUAUGAAAACAAUAACAAUAUUCCCUUUUAAUAAUCUACUCUAUAAAAUGUGUUGCUUUAAUACAAAAUUAUUAAAUAAUAAUAAAAAGAGAUAUAAAAAAACAUGCAUCGGGUAUGUUAAAGCAACUAAAGACGAAA